AGUACGAUACUUCUGAUCUUACACAGGAGAUAUGGCUAACGAAAAAUCUACGAAGCAAACGGAAGAUCCAGAAUUAGACGACUUAUUAGACAGUGCUUUAAAGGAUUUUAGCAAAGAACAAAUACCGUCUAAGAAAGAUGUAAGUAAGCCAAGUACUUUAGAGACUACUGAGGACGAGGAGGCAUCAGAUGUUCCACAGGAUACAUGGACUGCAGAUUUUAUUAAGCAAGCAGCGGAACAGUUCGAAGAAAACAUACAAAAUUUUAUUCAAAACAGUAAUGGAACAGACAGCGACUUAGAUGCCUCUUUUCAAAGAAUGGCACAAACCGUUGCUAGUGCAAUAAAAAAUGACGAUACCUUCGACAGGGAUGGCACGAACACAGACUUCCAGUCUGUCAUCGCACAAGCGUUAAAUGAUUUAUCCGCAACGUCUGAAAAUUUACAGAGCGAGGUCGAUUUGAGCGAAAUGUUUGGACAAACAUCUUUGGAAGAUGGUCCUGGCGCUAUUUUACCGUUCAUGCACGGAAUGUUACAGCAUUUACUUUCAAAAGAAAUUCUGUACCCGUCCUUAAAAGAAUUGGUAGACAAGUAUCCCGAAUGGUUGGAGGAAAAAAAGGAAACUAUACCUCCGAAUGACCUGCAGAGAUAUACGAAACAACUGAAAUUAAUGCAGCAGGUGUGCACCGAACUCGAUGAAGAGAAGGAUGGAGAUAACGAAGAAACGAAAAAAAAGCGUUUGGAAAAAAUAAUAGCUCUCAUGCAGGAAGUACAAGGUUGCGGUCAAUUACCCGUAGAAUUGAUAGGAGAGCAGGCGACACAUCCUUUCAAUCUUGAUGCCGAAGGAGAUGUUGUGAUUCCUUCAUUACUACGUAACAUGGAAUCGUCGCAAAAUUGUAGUGUGAUGUGAACGUAGUAAAAUGUUGGGAGGGCAAAUGGUGCGCGUUCUUAGAUUGUACAUACUCUAUCUAUACGUGUACGUACUAUCUAUUACUAUACAUACGUACAAGGGAUACAUGGGAAACAUUCGUUUAAUAAAGCGCAAUUCAUCAUUGUCCGCCGAUGCUCUGAAAACAAGCAGCAUCGCGUUUGUAAAUAGAAAUAUUCAUUGAAAGUAAAUGCAUAUAUAUAUAUACAAUGGUAA